AUGGCAGGUGUGCUGAAGAAGACCACUGGCCUUGUGGGAUUGGCUGUAUACAAGAGUCCACAUAAGAGGCUAAGAAUAUUGUACACAAAGAUCCUUGAUGUUCUUAAGCGAACCCCUAAAAAAGCAGCAUAUAGAAAGUAUACAGAACAGAUUCCAAAUGAGAAGCUGACUAUGGUUAAAGCAGAACCAGACGUUAAACAAUCAGAAGACCAACUUCAAGGUGUUCAAAUAAAAGAGGUGAUUCUUCAGGUUGAAAAUGAACUAAGUCUGGCGAGAAAAAUGAUGCAGUGGAAACCAUGGGAGAUGUUCAUGGAGGAGCCUCCUGCCAAUCAAUGGAAAUGGCCAAUGUAA